AACAUUUGUGCAAUCAUGAAGCUUUUGUUCGUAUGUACCUUUGUAUUCCUCGUCGCCAAUCUCACAACGGCUCAGGACGAAGUUCAGAUUGUGCAGUUUACGAAUGACAACAACCCUGACGGAAGCUACAACUUUGCAUACGAACAAUCCGAUGGCCAGAAGCGUGAGGAAACGGGAGUGCUGAAACCGGUGGAAGGCGCUGAAGCGCCUGCAAUUUCCGUCACGGGAUCGUAUGAAUUCACCGAUCCCACCGGGCAGCGCUAUCGGGUGGACUACACUGCUGACGAACGCGGAUAUCGGCCAACGGUGACUAAGCUGUAAAGAUUUCCUACUGAUGGAUGUGUAGGUAAUGCAAUAGUACAACCAUGGAAGGAUUUGAGAUUAUAAUAAAUGAUUUCGAAAG